ACGAAAAAACAAAAUAACAAAACAAAAAAACGUUUAGAAAAUCAAAUGUGACAAAGACAAAUACAAAGGAGGAAACAGAAGCAUGGAGAAUUCUCCUCGUUGUUUGGUUUCUCUUCUUUCAAUCAUGCUCUUGUCUGGAUCCGCCUCGUCUCUCCACAUCUCUCUUGAUGAAUUUGAGUCACACCCAGCCACAAGCCGAGGUCUUCUUCAGGCAAAAACACCAUGCAAAGAAGAUUUUGCGAGCAAGAAUUACACAAUCAUAACGAAUAAAUGCAAAGGCCCAAAUUAUCCAGCCAAGGCAUGUUGCUCCGCCUUCAAGGACUUUGCUUGCCCAUUCGCGGAAGCUCUUAACGAUGAGAAGACAGAAUGUGCCUCCACAAUGUUCAGUUACAUCAAUAUAUAUGGUCGUUAUCCUCCGGGAAUAUUCGCAAACAUGUGCAAAGAAGGCAAAGAAGGGCUCGAUUGUACCGAUGUCAUGGCCGCCACAUCAUCUUCUUAUGCAGUGAUCCCUCUUGUCUCCACACACGCAUUGCUUUUCACCGUUCUCCUGUUUUGCCUCUUCUAAAGACUUUUCCUAUAUAUGUUACCGCAUGAGAUAUAUUAUAUAUGAACAUUUCGUUGUUAAUUAGUUGGUGAGCCACCCCGUUAUUUUUUUCAUGCAAAGUCAUUGAUGUACAUUUUUCGAUUUUGUUUAGGCUCUCGUGAACUAUUUGUUUUUCAUUUUGUUCUCUUAUUCUUUUAAGUAACAUGAAUUAUGCGGGGAUUGAACCUAUAGUGUCUCGCCCUCAAGAAUACUAGUACCAAUUAAAGGGUACAUAUCCGAGUCCUCGUGAAGAUUUCGUUACACGUCACAAAACUAAUGUUUCAUAUACAUGCUGUGUGGAUCAUGAUAACAUUUUGGUAGUUUAAGGUUGAGUAUAAUCCCCAUGUGUUAGUGCAAAAAUGACACCACAAUUAGGUAAUGCAGAAGAUAAAUUAAGAAACAAAACAAUACAAGCAAAUACUCUGCUUUAUUAGAAUCUCCUUUAAACAAUCUAUUACAAGACCUUGUUUAUUCAGGUUUACUCGUCUAGUGUUAACACCUUAACACACGACACUGAAAGAUUUUUAAGCUAUCCACUUAUGUCUCUCUCCCGUCAAGUACUUCAGCCACUGGUUCAUCACGACCCAAAACACUUCCAAGGGCUUCUCUCUCUAUAAGAUCAACUUUUGUAUCUCUGUAUGUCUCUUUACAGACGACCCAUAGCUAUCUUAUAUUAUUCUCCACGUUCCUGAAAUCGUAGUCUCCAAGGCAACAUCGAUAUGAACAUCUUCCAUAGCAUUAAGUGCAACUUUCAUUUUCUUGGAAUGCACUUAUUCCUCUUCCUUUAAGUCAUAAAUUUGCUCAUCAAGUUUAUUACUCUUUCCAUAUCUCCAAGAUACUCUCUUGCUCUCCAAGUCUACACGACUCCAGCUCAGCACCUUGACUCCACAUGGUCUUCACCACUCAACACGACGUCUGUUUCAGCAACUACGUCAGCGACUACUUCAGGACGUAAAUCUUACAUAUUCACCAUGGCCUUAUAUGCAGUCGAACAUUUAGGAAGACAUAAGAAGAUAGAAAAACGAAUAGGAACAUGAAUAACAAAAAUAAGUAAUAAUUAAAAAAAUAAAGAAAAUAAAUGGACUUCGAGCCUGGACGUUAGAAC